UUAGCCUUUAGGCUGCCACAGUGAAACUCCAAACUUAGCUUCAAGAUCUAUUAUGAUUAUAAACAUGUUAUAUAAUUCCAUAUUUGAUAAUAAUGUAGAUAUGUCCUUUGUUUAAUUUGGUCAGAAAUAUAUUUUUUAAAUUACCGAGUACCCCCUGAGUCACCCCAUCACACAGGGCUGCAAUGGGUCCUAGUAUUUAACAACAAAGAAAGUCGAUGCUGUGAAAACAGGGUAGUUCAGUUCUGAGCGUUUUUAUUUUUUUUUAAAUAUAUAAAAACAUAAAUUAUUGCUUGUCUUAUACUGUUAUGAGAACAAUAAACAACCGCAUUGUUAUUUUUCAGUAGCGUUCCUCGUAGUGUUUGUUAUAAGUAAUAAAUAAUGGUAUAGCCGGGUCUCAAGUCGUCUCAAAGUAGACUUUAUGGAGCCAAUUUGGCUAAUACACAUUAUUUACUUCUGAUUCGAAACAAUUGCGUAUGUGAGAUUUAAAGUCGUGCUAAAUGUCUUUUUAAAUUCGUUUUUACACACACUGCUCGGGCUUUAGCAAAUUUUACGUAGCCUAUGUAGUUGCAAUGGAUUUGCCUGUAUUCACUAGCAUUCAUUUAAUUAUAUUAGCUGCUUGAAUAUUAUCUGUCACAGACGGGAUUAAACAGUAAUCAAAACAGCAAAGGUGUUCUACAGUCAUCGUCGAAGAUGGAUAAGAAAUCAUUUGAAAUUGUGCUUGAUGAAAUCAGAAAGUGUGUUCUGACAGAACAGAGAACAAAGGCGAUUGAACACGUACAUGGAUAUUUCUCAAGCGAGCAGGUGACAGAGCUGUUGAAGUAUUUUUCAUGGGCAGAUCCCCAGAUAAAAGCUGUGAAAGCUUUGCAGCAUAAAAUGGUAGCUGUUCCUACAACCAAAGUGGCCAAUAUUCUUAAUUGCUUCACAUUUUCAAAAGACAAACUUGUUGCCUUGGAACUGAUAGCUUUGAAUGACAGACAUCCCCAAAACAACUAUUGACCAGCUUACAUGCAACAUCGGAGGACUGUGCCAUCUUAAAGGUGUAAACUGAUAUGCACAAUAACCUCACAGUUAAUGCAGUAGGGUAAUGAAAGGUGUAUGAACCAGAACAGACCUCACCAUUUGUUUUAGCU